AUUGGAUGACGCCGUCUUCCUGCGACCAUAACGCUGUUCAUAACAUCAACAACAUGGCUCUGUUCCCAGCUUUCGCAGAAGUCACGGCCACAAACCUGGAUGAUUCUUCCAAAGACUGGUUGACAAAUAAGAGCUUUCGAGCUGAUGAUGCAUUGGCUCUCAACGAACGGGCUUUAAAGGCCAGCAGAAGUCAGAACCAAGAUGAUUCAAGGGAGGUGAGCUCUGAGGAGGAGGAGGAGAAGAAGACGAGAGGGGAGGAGGAUGACAAGCCUCCCAAAAAGAAGAAAAAGAAGAAGGAGAAGAAGAAAAAUAAGAAAAAACAUAAGAAGAGGGACAGGAGCUCUUCAGUCAGUAGCGGGUCGGGCUCUGACACCGUUUAUCCCAGUGACCUCAAGAGGGAGCAGGAGAGAGAAAGGGAAAAGCCUGCUCCGCUGGCCAGUCGUUUCUCCUGGCUUGAUGACGUGCGUUCCCCCACUGAGCAGCCGUUCUGCGUUGACAAUAAACCAGAUCAAGCUAACUGGACCUACAAGUCCCUGUACAGGGGGGACGUGGCCAGGUACAGACGGAAGGGCUCGUCCUCGCUGGGCCUGGACCCUCGCUUUCAGGCGAUUUCUUGGGAGGAGUCGGAGCAAAGUGCCAAAAAAAAGAAGAAAGCCGACGUCAAGAGGAGAAGGGCGGACCGAUACUUUUCAAAGGAUAGUCAGGAGCUGCUGAGAGCCGAGACCCCUGUGCCAUCACUGCCCAGGAUCGGAGCAGGCGAUGAGCUGCCCCGAAUGAUCGACUUUAUUACCCUGGCUGGUGAAGGAGGAUUAAGCAGAGGAGAGACUGCGGGUAGGGUGCUGACGUCGCCGGCGAACCCCCUGGGCGUGUACGACGCCGGCACGGCCCUGUGGGCCCAGGGGAAGGGGAAGCAGGAGGCCCCCGAGGGCCAGAGCCAGGCCACGGCCCAGGACCAGAGGGUGGCCAGCCUGUCUGAGAAAACAGGGGAUUACAACAGGCGCCUGAGGGAAGAACCAGGAGACACACAGCUAUGGAUGGAGUUCAUACACUACCAGGAUGAGCAGAGCGAGACGGGGUUCGGCGGCGGGGGCGAGCCGGACUCGGCGGAGCGCCGGCGGGCGUCGUACCGCGGCGUGGUGGAGAAGAAGCUGAGCGUGGCGGAGCGGGCCGUGGCCCUCAACCCGUCCUGCGUGGCCCUGCAGCUGGAGCGGCUGCGGCUCUGCAGGGAGCUGUGGGAGCCCGCCGCCCUGGCCAAGGAGUGGAAGAAACUGGUGUUCCUUCACCCCAACAGCCCCUCCUUGUGGCGGGAGUACCUGCUGUUCACCCAGAGUCACUUCAGCACCUUCACCGUGUCCAGGGUCAACGCGGCCUACGGGAAGUGUCUGAGCACGCUCAGUGCGGUGCAAGACGGCAGCAUGGUGUCUCACCUGGCCAUAGCAGGAACUGAGGAGGAGAUGUUAGACCUGUUCAUCCAGCAGUGUCACUUCCUGCGACAGUGUGGCCACUCUGAGAAGGCCGUGUCACUCUUCCAGGCUAUGAUGGACUUCACCUUCUUCAAGCCUGAUACGGUUCGAGGAUUGCCCACCAGGCAGCAGGUGGAGUUCUUUGAGCCGUUCUGGGACAGCGGGGAGGCCAGGAUCGGUGAGGUGGGGGCCCGAGGGUGGAAGGCCUGGAUGCUUCAACAGGAGAGAGGGGGCUGGCUCCAGCCCAGUGCAGAGGAUGACGAAGACGAGGAAGAGGAGGAGGAGGAGCUGAAGGAUCGGGACAGACCAAGAUGGGAGCUCUGGCUGAAUGUGGAGUCUUCCAGGGAGGCAACUCAUUGGCUGCCCUGGAGGCCAGAAAAGGGCCAAUCAGUGGAGGACUGUGAAGACCCAGACAGACAGGUGUUGUUUGACGACAUCGGGCCCUCGUUGAUCCACCUGGCGUCCCCAGAGCUCCAGCGCCGUCUGCUCCUCUCCUUCCUGUCCUUCAUGGGGAUGCCUGUGGACUCUGUGCUCCUGGGCGCCCCCUGUCAGAGCAGCCUCCUGAUGGAGGACCUCACUCUGCUCACACAGGGCAACGACCCCCAGCGACCUCUGAGCGGCUACGACCUCCAGAACACGGGAGUCCACACGGUGGGUCACAUGACAACGCUGCAGGGGUCAAGGAAGUGGGCGGGGCUCGGGAAGCAAGGGGAAGAGUUCCUCACCAACGCCUUCCACUUGCUCCUCCCACAACUGGCCCCGCCCCACCGGGCGGCCCUGUCACUCUGCUGGAUACGCUAUGAGAAACUCAAGGUCCUGCGCUGUCUCUGCGGUGGCAGCAAGAAGCGCCUGCGCUCCCAGGGCAAGAGCAGCAAGCGCGUGGCCAAGCGGCUGCUCAAGGAGCCCGACAACCGCUCCGCCCUGGCGCUGUGGCGGGAGUACGGCCACCUCGAGUGGCUCCUGGGCAACGCCGACGACGCCCGCAAGGUGUUCUCGGCCGCCACCGCCAUGGGAGGAGCCAAGGGGCUGGGCUGCCCCGCCCUCUGCGACCUCUGCCUGCUGUGGGCCCAGCUGGAGUGUGAGGAGGGGGGCGCCGGGGAGGGGAGGAAGGGCGGCCCCGGGGACGCGACCUCCGCCCCGGCCGUGGGCGUCCUCACCCGGCUGGCGGAGGGGACCCCCUCCGCCCCCGGGGCCGCGGCGCCCACCCCGGUGGCGGUGCUGAAGGCCAGGAGGACUUAUGAGCAGGCCCUGACGGACCGUCUGGCUGCCCUGGAGAAAGACCUCCGCAAGUGGGGAGAGGGCAAGAAAGGAGACGGACCGAAGCUAAGAGGCCUGGUGGGCUGUUACGCCUUGUACCAGCAUCUGACGGUCGGCGUGCAGGCGACCAACGCGGUGUACGGCCAAGCUCGGGAGGGAACGGAGGGGCUGCACCGGGCGCUGACCCUGGCCUCUGAUAACCACGCCGGCGCCAGCGGGGGUCCGGGCGCCGCCGGCACAGAGGCCGGCAGACUCUGCGCCCAGAGGCUGGCGUUUGAGUGCGAGGCGUUGGCCGUCCAGCACGCGGCGCUGCUCAGAUACCACCUCAGCACCAGCGUGUUUCCCCUGGCCACGCUGAGACACGCCCUCACCUCCUCGCUCUCCGCCUGGCCCCAGUGCGCCUCCCUCUGGACCGUUUACUUGCAGGUGGAGAACCGGUACCACAGCGCAGGACGGGCCCGCCGCUUCUUUCACUCGGUGACCCGGGGACGCAAGGACAUCGUGCCACGCCUCUUUGCUAUUGUUGCCGAGCAACAAAGGAAGCAGCUGGUGGACGCGACCCAGCGGUUUGAAUCUCAUGAUGGCGCUCUACCCAUCUUGCCGGAAAAUGGCCUUGGCAACCGUAUCCGGGGCCUGUUUGGAAACGCCCUUCUUAGUGAGAUGGGUGCCCACUGUCCUCUACUCUGGCGGAUGUAUAUGCACUUCCUGGUAUCGGAGGGUAAGCUGGACAAUGCCAAAGCGAUCUUCUACAAGGCCUUGCAGAACGUUCCCUGGUCUAAGGGUUUGUACAUGGACGCAGUGCAGCUAUUCCCCGGACACCUCCAGGAGUUUGUGGACCUCAUGACGGAGAAGGAACUGCGUCUCAGACUGCCCCUAGAGGAGUUGGAUAUACUACUUGAAGAUUGAAUGAACAAGCAGACAUUCAUGUGAACAAAAUGUUAUUCAUUCUUAGCCUAAAAAUUAUUUGAUGAGAAAGGUUUUUUUCAUGUAUAUAGGUACAUCAAAUAUACUUUUUGAGAAUUGGAAUAAAAGUGUUUUUUAGAA